AUGAAACCAAUGAAAUCUAAAAAGGAUGAAGAGAUUGACGGCAAGGUCGAUAUCAAAUUCACACCCAAUGAAAUAAAGAAUAAGGCUCGUAGAGUUAUCUUGUGGAACAAAUUAAGACAACAAACCAACAAGGAAAAGUCAGAGAGAAGAAGAGAUAGACUUAAAGAGGCAAAGAAGCUUGGUGACCAAGCUCCCGCUAAAUUGUUACCAAGAACUAUCGAACGUUUAAGAAAGGGUGAUGAAACUAUUGUACAAGAUGAAGAUGAAGAAGUAUCAGAAGAUGUAAAUUUAGAUGAAUUUGCAUCAUACUUUGAUGGAAAAGAACCAAAGGUAUGCAUUACCACCAAUACAAGACCACAAGGACGUCACAUUACACCAUUUGUCAAAAUGAUCGAAGAGAUUCUUCCCAAUUGUGAAUACUUUCCACGUAAAGAUUUCAAACUCAAAGAUAUUGUCAAGUUUUGUGCCAAUAGAGAUUAUACCGAUCUUUUAGUUGUAAAUGAAGAUAAUGGAGUUGUUCAUACAAUGAUGAUGGUACAUUUACCAUAUGGACCAACAGUACAAUUUAGAGUUACCAAUAUUACAAUGCCAGAUAAAAUUGAAAACUGUGGAAAGAUGACAUCACACAAACCAGAACUUAUCAUUAACAACUUUACAACUCGUUUGGGUCUAACGGUAGGACGUAUGUUUGCAUCCAUGUUCCCACAAGACCCCAAUUUCAAGGGUAGACGUGUCGUUACCUUGCACAAUCAACGUGAUUUCAUCUUUUUCCGUCACCAUCGUUACGAGUUUGCCUCCAAUGAAAAGGCGUAUCUUCAAGAACUCGGUCCUCGUUUUACUCUCAAAUUAAUGUAUCUUCAAAAGGGUACUUUUGAUGCCACCGGUGGUGAAUAUAUACAUCUUCACAAAGCUGAUAUGGAUGUUGACAGAAAGACUUUUGUUCUUUAA